ACACCGAUAAGGGAGGGCUCCGCCACUCUACCGGCCGCAUCGCCCACAGCCCCGUCGAGGAUCCCGGCAGCCGCGGGCUGAACAACGCCGCCAUGGACAAGCUCUUCUUCACCGACUCGUUCAGAAAGAUCCUGCGAGUGGGGAAAGUGCAGACAGACAACAAUGUCUUCCGGCUCCACUACCGCUUCACGGGACUGUUCUUGCUCGCCUGUAGCGUGCUCGUCAGCGCAACGCAGUUCUUCGGCAACCCGAUCUACUGUGUGGCCCACGACGCUAUACCCGAGCCGGUGAUGAACACCUACUGCUGGGUGGAGGGAACCAUCACCCUGCCCCGCUCGCUGAACGCCACAGUGGGCAAGCAGGUCGCCUCGCCCGGCGUCGACCAGCGCCGCAUCAAGGACGGUGACGAGGUGAUCGAGCACGCGUAUUACCAGUGGGUCUGCUUCGUCCUGUGCCUGCAGGCCAUCAUGUUCUACUUUCCACGCUGGCUCUGGCGGAGCUGGGAGAACGGACGCGUCCAGGCGCUCCUCCUGGAGCUGAACAAGCCACUGCUCGAGCACGAGAAGAAGCAGAAGCAGGUGGACGACGUGGUUGACUACUUCUACCGGCACCGGAGCCAGAACCAGUCGUACGCGCUGCGCUUCUUCCUCUGCGAGCUGAUCAACUUCGUCAAUGUCAUCGGCCAAAUGUACUUCAUCGACAAGUUCCUCGGGGGAAUGUUCUCGACUUACGGCGCCGACGUCAUCCGCUUCAUGAACGAAGACCCCGAAGUGAGGGUUGACCCCAUGAUUCGCGUCUUCCCCAAGAUGACCAAGUGCCGCUUCCAUCGGUUCGGUACAUCGGGAGACGUGCAGAAGCAUGACUCCAUCUGCCUCCUCCCGUUGAACAUCAUCAACGAGAAGAUCUACGUAUUCCUGUGGUUCUGGCUCAUCAUCCUCGCCGUGGUCACGGGAAUCGCGCUGUUGUACCGUGUAGUCGUCUGUUCGUUCCCCCGCUACCGGUACCUGCUAUUGAAGACCCUCAGUCGCAUGGUGCAACCCAAGACCAUGGAUCAGCUGGUGAUGAAGGCUGCGUAUGGCGACUGGUUCGUACUCUACUUGCUGAAGGACAACAUGCAGGCGCACCACUUUCGGGACAUCGUGAUCAAGCUUUCUCAGAGGCUGGCAACGGAGAAGGACCCGGAUUACGUGGACGGAACGCUCAACUCCUCAGUAUAAACCACACCCACCUUUGCGACUUCUUGAACAGCACGGCGAAAUAUGCGGCUCGGUGCGGUACCGUACGUGCAAACAUCGGCACGUCAUCGAAACUAAGUCGUUCCACACAGUGAUUUUUCCGCAUAUACCACUUCCAUACAGACUUGUAAUAACUGCAUUUGCAUUUGUUGUGCAUUUGUUCAUUUUAAUAAGUAAAAUGGUACGUUCUGGAUUUUAUUAGAUGGCAGUCGAUGACAGGAUCGAGCGCCUCAUUUUUCUUAUAUAAUUGUUUAUGAGGCUCCGAGUGAGUGCUUCGUAAACCUCUGAAUGCUGAUACGAAUAUGUACUUUUUUGGCAAAUGUAAAACAGGUUUAUUGGAACUUUGAGAAUUUUCAUUUUGAAAUUACAUUGCAUUCCAAGUUGUUCAGUGGCUCACUGACGAAGCAUCAGAGUAUACUGCUUCAGAAAAGCAAUACAAGCACAGACGCUACGGCACUGCCGACUUUCGAGAUCUUCAAAGAGCGCUUAGUGUAUAAUGCCGAAACACUUGUUGACCUCUCUUCGUCGUUAGAAUGGACUUCCAACCAACGAAGAAAACCCUUUGUAAAGUCGAGGAUGGAUUUCAACCAGGGAAACAUUACGCACCAACAAUUUAAAUGACUAAGGGUACACAGCUUAUCCUUUAAAGGCGUGAAAUCUGAUUCUGGAGAGAACGCACCGACCCUGUGACGCUAUCGACUUUAGCUGCUUGUUAUGCCCACUCAACCUUAUUUUUGAUUUGCGCAUCCACCUUCUCCACUUCGAUGCUUGUCUUUCUUUUUUUAAUGUGAAACGUGUACCUCGUUAGUUAGUGGCACAAACACGGUUUUCAGGUCACUAAUGCAAAUAUUUUAGUGUGGGCCGCAUCGCAAAUCACGAAAUGACCGCGUUUUUCUGAACUUCCCAACACACAAUAUUCUAGCUGUGUUCGUGUUUUGGUGUUCUCGUUCAUUACAUUUCUGCUUACCAGCACACGCUGUGUUUAUCACUUUUUUGUGAAUCUUCAUUUGCACUAAAUGGUAUAGAGAAUGUGCUUUGAACUGCUCUAUGCUUCCUUUCGUAACAAUCGAUCGCCGUUUUCGAUCCCGUUCACGCAUUUAUGUGCUCUGGGUUGCCUCAAUGUUGGUUCCUAUAUAAUGUAACCCGAUUGAUCUCUGCCAAACUCUGAUUCACGGCCACAAGAUACCGUACGUGUAAUAUGCUCCCAACAAUAAACCCAAGUGACUUGA